UUCACCACAAUUCUAUCUUCAUUUUAUUGUGGUUGAAAUAGCCCUGUUAUUUGCUUUAUACCAGUUUAGUUUAAACAUGGAAGAUAGCAUGUUCAAAACUAUGGCAUGGUGUUUUGCCUUGCUACUUUUCUAUGUCAUGAUUAGCUUUGUGAACACUAUGUGGUGGAGACCCAGAAAAAUUGAGAAAUUGUUGAGGAAGCAAGGGAUUAGAGGAACUUCAUACAGGUUUUUUACUGGUGACACUUCAGACAUGAAAGACUGUAUCCAAAAGGCAUUAUCAAAAACUAUCUCCCUUGACCAUCAGAUCAUCCCUCGAGUCGUCCCUUUCAUGCACCAAAUCGUUCAGCAACAUGGAAAGAUUUCACUGUGUUGGUUUGGAAGAACACCAAGACUCAUAAUAGCAGAUGCAGAGCUCACACGAUCGAUUUUAACAGACACGAAAGGGCACUUUUUGAAGCCACCACGUAACCCUCUCAUCAAUCUUCUAUCGUUAGGAUUGUCUUCGUUAGAAGGCGAAAUUUGGAGCAAACGCAGAAGGGUGGUAAAUUCAGCUUUCCACCUUGAGAAGUUGAAGGCAAUGAUGCCAGCAUUUUCAAUCAGCUGUAACAACAUGAUCGAGCGAUGGGAGAAAUUAGUAGAAGCUCGUGGAUGGUAUGAAUUGAAUGUUUGUUCAGAAUUCGACAUUCUUACUGGUGAUGUGAUAGCUCGAACAGCCUUUGGAAGUAACUACCAAGAGGGAAAGAAAAUUUUAGAACUGCAAAAGGAGCAAGCAGUCUUGGUCAACGAAGCCAUCAACAACAUCUAUAUCCCAGGUUACAGAUUUUUACCAACCACAAAGAACAAGCGCAGGUACAACCUAGAUAUCCAAAUCAAAGCUAUGUUACGAGAUAUGAUACAGAAGAAAGAACAGGCAAUGAAAGAGAAUAAAGUGAAAGAGCAUGAUUUAUUAAGUUCACUGCUACAGUAUAGGGAAGAAAGUGGUUCUUUAACAACAGAUAAUGUGAUUGAAGAAUGCAAGUUGUUUUACUUUGCCGGCCAAGUGACCACGGCCAACUUGCUUUCAUGGACUGUGAUUGUUUUAUCUAUGCAUCCAAAUUGGCAAGAGAAGGCAAGAACAGAGGUGUUGAAGAUUUUUGGCAAAAAAACACUUGACUACGAAGACAUUAAUCACCUCAAGAUUGUGUCAAUGAUACUGUAUGAAGUUUUGAGAUUAUACCCUCCUCUGGUAAACAUCAACAAAUACAGUUGCUGUGAAACAAGAGUGGGAAACAUUUCCAUUCCAGCAGGGGUUGAACUGUGUUUACCUUUGUUACUUCUUCAUUAUGACAGUAACUAUUGGGAUAAGCCUGAAGAGUUCAACCCAGGUAGAUUCAGUGAAGGGAUUUCAAAAGCUUCAAAGGAUCAUAUCGCUUUCUAUCCAUUCAGUGGGGGCUCAAGAAUUUGUCCUGGCCAAAACUUUGCCUUCUUAGAAGCAAAGAUGGCUCUGGCUUUCAUUCUUCAACACUUCUCUUUCCAACUCUCACCCACUUAUGCUCAUGCUCCAGCAACUUCUACUAUUACUCUCACGCCACAGCAUGGUGCUCCCAUUAUUAUUCGUCGCACUUAGUCCUGAUCAAUCAACUGAAAUAAGCAUCGUGAACUGCACUUCGAUCAUCUUAUCUAUUUUAUCAUAUUAAUUAUU